GGGGGGACAUAUUUUAAUGGCGGAGCAGAAACGUGCAUUUUGCUGGAUGAAUAUUUGGGUUUUGCAGUCCUCUGUCGUCGUCUGCUUUUGAAAUGGCGGGAAGAGGACGUGGGCGCGGCCGCGGUCAGCUGACAUUCAACAUAGAGGCUGUAGGAAUUGGAAAAGGAGAGAACCUGCCUCCAGCCACUCUUCAGCCCACCCCGCUUUUCCCGCCCAUGGAGCACAAGCCGAUCCCCCUGCAGACAGGCGAGGAGGCUGAGUACAUGCUGGCCCUCAAGCAGGAGCUCAGGGGAGCCAUGAAGAACCUUCCCUUCUACAUCAGGCCAGCUGCACCUAAGAAAGAUGUCGAACGCUACUCAGACAAAUACCAGAGUUCAGAACCAACUGACAACACCAUUGAGUGGGAUCCUGACUGGAAGCGGCUGCCCAAGGAGUUGCGUAUCAGAGUACGGAAGCCAGCGAAGGACAAGGCCCCAGUAGCACCAAAAUGCGCCAAGCCACCUUGUGUCGACAAAGAGGAGAUCAUCCGCAAACUGGAGACCCUGGAAAAGAAAGAGGAAGAACUGAGCUCUGAUGAAGAGGAGCAGGAGAAAAAGAAGCAAGAAGAGGAAGAGCAGGAAGGCGAGGAGGAGUAUGACGAGGAAGAGUUUGAAGAUGAAACGGACUACAUCAUGUCAUACUUUGACAAUGGGGAGGAGUUUGGUGGAGACAGCGAUGACAACAUGGACGAGGCUAUUUAUUAAGGCAGUUACCGUGGGAUGAAUACAGAAAAGAUUUCAGAGGACUGGAAAGGCUUUAAGGCAUACCCCCGCCCGUGAAGUGAGCCGACUGGGUACUUCUGUGAUCAUGGAGAGCACCGUUAACUUUCUGCUAUUCAAACAUUCCUCCAGCCAAACAUUGAUGGAUUUUCACUCGGUUCUCAGGAAGUUCGAACAGUGACUGCAGAAGAGCCCAGAUGGCUCAGCUAGCCAUUGUUCCUCCAGAAAAUCUUUUCACAAACACAGUAGCAUUGACUGACUCUACAUAGAUCCGCUUGUAAAGGCAAACAUUCAGAAAGGACAUCGUCCUGUAGGAGGAUUGUGUUUAUCUUCACAUACAGAGCGUGUUGCUCCCUGAAAAGCCAGCAACUUAAUAUGUUGUGUGUGAAAGACACAGGUUUUGUCUAGAAGUGUCUGUUUUACAGUUUUAUACAUGUUGUGUUUAAUUUUUAACACUCAUUUUACCGUUGAUCUUUUAGACAUGUGGCCAUCUUCCCAGGCACAGAGGCUAGUGGCAGACUAAUGCAGGUUUUACAAUGACAAGUAUCUAUGGAUGCUAUGUAAAUACAGUACUAGGCCUAAUCUGUGUAUGGAGCACCAGCCUAUGGCGUUUCAGGUUUAAAAUAAUUGUUUAAGUUCCAACAUUUUAACUUGUAACUUGCUGGCCAUGUUGAAAACAACCAUGGUACGACUGACCUGGAAUUCAGUAUUAUCGACCAGCAAAAUUAGUGUGUACUUUUUGGUUUGCGGUUAAUAAGGAGUUUUUUAAAAAUGGUGUGAAACAGUGUUUUUAGGAAAAACUUUUACGUUACUUUGAAAUCUGUCGAAAGUUGUGUUCACACACACACAC